AUGGCAGUUAAUUCUUCUUUGCUUUCUCUUGGUCUUUCCUUACUUGUCUUCUUUCAGGUGUCGUUAGCUCAGAUUGAACAUAUAUCAUGGGGAGGCCAACGGCAACAGCAGCAGCAGCAACAGCAACAUCACCGGUUCAGAGAACAAAGUGAGUGUAGGAUCGAAAACCUCGAUGCACUAGAACCCAGUCGAAGUUUGAAAUCGGAGGCCGGUCGCAUUGAGUUCUGGGAUCAUAACAACGAGCAAUUAGAGUGUGCCGGCGUCGCCUUUGCUCGGCAUUCUAUCCGGUCCAGAGGCCUUCUCUUACCUUCCUACUCCAAUGCACCUAAGCUUAUCUACGUUGUCCAAGGUAGUGGAUACCAAGGAAACUUGAUACCAGGCUGCCCUGAGACAUUCCAAUCAUUCCAACCAAGUCAACGAUCCGAGGAAGGUCGGAGCGAAGGAGAACGAGGACAAGACCAGCAGCAUCGUCGAUUCAGGGAUCAGCACCAGAGGAUCCGACGGUUCAGACAGGGAGAUAUCCUCGCUAUCCCCAACGGCAUCGCACACUGGAUCUACAACGAUGGCGAGAACCAACUCAUCCUUGUCUCUCUUUACGGCACCAGCAACAAUAACAACCAGCUCGACGAUAGAUACAGGAAAUUCCACUUGGCCGGCAACCCACAAAGACAAGAAGGCCAACGAGGUGAAACAGGUGAAAGAGGCGAAAGAGGCGAACGUGGAGAGAGGGGAUCAGAAGAGGCAGAAACCAACAUCUUCAAUGGCUUCGACACGCAGUUGUUGUCUGAAGUGUUCGGAGUGGACGAGGAGACGGCAAGGAAGCUACAGAAUGAAAACGACGACAGGGGCACAAUCGUCCAUGUGAAACGUGGGCUACAGGUGAUAAGCCCACAACAAAGAUUUGAAGAAGAAGAGGAACAGAGAGAGCGACAAGAGAGAGGCGCAAAUGGAUUGGAGGAAACCUUAUGCAGCAUCAGGCUGACGGAGAACAUAGAUGACCCCACACGCGCUGACGUGUACAACCCACAUGCCGGACGCAUCAGCAGCCUCAACAGUCAGAAGCUCCCCAUCCUCAACUACCUCCAACUCAGCGCCGAGCGUGGCGUCCUCUACAGCAAUGCGGUACUUGCACCACACUGGAACAUCAACGCACACAGUGUGAUCUACGUGACAAGGGGGAGCGCAAGGGUACAGAUUGUAGGGAACAGAGGACAGAGGGUGUACGAUGGAGAACAACGAGAUGGGCAGGUGCUGGUGGUGCCUCAGGGCUUUGCGGUUGUGAAGCAGGCGAACGAGGAGGGCUUCGAGUGGGUAUCGUUCAAGACAAACGACAACGCCAUAGCAAGCCAUCUCGCUGGGAGGACUUCGGUGUUGCGAGCAUUGCCGGAGGAGGUUCUGGCGAAUGCGUAUCAGAUCCGUAGGGAGGACGCUAGGAGGAUUAAACACGGCAGAGAGGAAGCUGUGUUGUUGUCUUCCAGGUCUGGGGGUCAAGGUCAAAGGGUUUCUGAGUGA